CUUCGAUUGGGCAUUCAUAAGACUUAAUACAAUGCCCAAGAUCUCCCAUUCCCUCAUUGUUGCAUCCUCAACCAUCAUCUGAACAUAUCUCACUUUCGUCGGCAAUCGGUAUUAUCAAAGAACUGAUGGCCUAUACCCAGUCCAAGCGCAGCAAGAAGAAUCUGGACUCCGAGGAAGAAGACACCACUUUGCUAGGAAAGAUCUCAUUGCUGCCCGAUUUAGCUUCUCAACCUGGCGAGAAUAAUCAAAAUCAGUCAGGAUGGACUUAUACUGCAACGUUUGGUGUUUUCAAACAGUGCUUAGCUUUGGUUAUCCAGGUCUUAUGCUCUGUCAUCGUCAGCAAUUACAGCCAAUCACACUCUGGGAAGGGCUUGGAUCGUAUGAGGAGGAUCUCGGAGUACGUGGAACUCAACAAUGGACAUAAAUUUCCGUGGCUAUCAAGCUCGCAUACAUCUGCAGAUGCUCGGAGGCAGGCUUCGGUAAUUGUCGAUUGCCCCACGAUGGUAUCCGUCCCAAUGGUUUUCCUCGAUCCCUCUCCUGUAACUUUCAUGAGUGCAAUCAUGAUUUACAGUUCGGCGGUCUUGCUCUUCUGCAUGCUCGGGCAAGGUCAAUAUCGAGACCACUUCCUUAUAUUUGGAUGUCUUCUAGGCACUGUCUUAGGCAUAUUGGCAUCUUGGACCCAAUCAAAUUUGGAACCAUUGAGAGACUACAUUCCCCUGUCCAUUACGGCAGGCUUGACUCUGAGCCUCAUCUGGCAAGGUCUCAUGUCUGCGCUUUCGAGAAAAAAAAGGAUACGCAUUUUGGCGUGACAGAUGGGAAGCGAUUACCUAUCAUCCUAACUCACGUCGGCGUGAACUGUGGAGGCAUUUCCUUGAGGCUUUAGACCUGAUUGGACUAGAUUAUGGAUGUUACACAGCAGCUACUUGGGCAAAUUAUAGAUGGCUUACAUAUAAGCUGGGCAACCUUUGCGAUUCCUUUGAUAAGAGAGUGCAUUGAUUGUGGAGGGCCAGAUGGGAGUUUUACUGGAUACUUCUUUGCAGAUGUCAUGGCUGAUUAGGAUCAUAUCCGCAAAUCUGAAGCUG